AUGAGCGGUGUUCUCCGCGGGGUAAACCCCGAGUCUGACUUCGAGGUCAUCCAACAUGAAGACACCCGCCUCCUCCCUGAUGACCUUCUCAGGCUUCAGUCCUGGCUCGAGCCGACCGACUACUCCGCAGAGUCAUCCGAAUUGAACCGCCACCUGCUCUCUCGCGCGCCGAAGACCGGUCUGUGGCUCGCAGAGACCCCGCGAUACAAGCAAUGGCUUACGUCUCCGGAUCAUGGCAGUCUUUGGAUCAAAGGCGUUCCCGGCGCUGGAAAGUCGGUUCUCGCUGCGUCGGCUGUUCAGGACUUCCUACAUCCUGAUGACAACGACCCCCUCGACGAGGACAGCAACGGCAAGGGCAACGGCACCCCGGUUCUUUUCUUCUUCUUCCGCCACAUCAUCCAAGCGAACAGAUUCUCCGGAUGCCUGGUGAGAGACUGGCUCGCUCAGUUACUCCCAUACAGCCUCCGACUGCAAGGCUCACUCCAGGCGCUCAGCAAGGAGAAGAAGCUUCAAAACGUCAGCGAGGAAGAAUUAUGGGAGCACCUGCUUGGGGGACUUGCAACGCUCGCCAAGGCUUAUUGCAUCAUUGAUGCCCUGGAUGAGAUGGAUACGAAAGACGUAGCUACCUUCUUCCCGCGACUCAACAAGCUCGCUGCUUUCCGGCCCGACGCUGUCAAGAUCCUCAUGACCAGUCGCCCACGGCAGGACCUGCAGAUGCACUUGACGGCGACUUCCAUUGUCCACAUCAGCCUCGAGGAGGACAAGGUCGGCCAAGAGAUUGAGGUCUUUGUUCGGCACCGACUGAAGCAAAUAACUCCGGGAGCGCCCGAAACACAUGUUACUUUGGCAAAGGCGAUCUCCAAGAGGUCAAAGGGGCUGUUCCUGUAUGCCCGCCUUCUUCUCGAUCAGAUCUUACCAGGUCUCGAAGCAGGUGCCAAGGUUGACAUCGACGCCAUGCCGAUUCAUCUGGAGCACAUGUACAACGAAAUACUCGCCAAGCGUGUCCAUGAACUGGGAAUCCCCCAAGAGGUUCAGGCGGCCCUACUGGCCUGCGUUACCCACAGCCCCAGACCGGUGCGCCUCCGCGAGCUAGCAGGCCUCUUGGUCUUCAGGUUCAACAUCGUCCCCGAGGCCACAGCGAAAGCGAUUGCUCGGCAAGCAUGCCAUCCGCUUCUCGAGAUUCUCGAAGACGAGACGGUCCAAGUCAUACACCACUCUCUAUCUGAGUUUCUCUUCGACAAGACACGAAGGGCGGUGGACCCCGGCGUCUUCCCUCCCUUCGACCACAAGGAAGUCCACCGAGAUCUUGCAAAGACCUGCAUGAAGCUCAACAUACAGGUAUUAGAAGAGAAAGAACACCAAGCGGCGGCGAAAUACCCAUUCUUCAAUUACUCAAGGGACAACUGGUUCCAUCACGUCACAUACGACAAGCACGUCGACGAUGCUGACUUUCUGGAAGCGUUGGAACGGUUAUGGAAACUCCAUUUCGACGCCACCAUCUGCGAAGGCAGAUACAGCAAAAGGUGGCCCAAACACCUGACAGGAGAGAAGUGCAUAGGCGAGCACGAAUCACCUGUUCAUUUGGCUGUGAAAAUCGAGCUGCACCACCUUGCGCAUAAGUGCCUUCCAGAAUGGACUCCCGAGCUCACAAAGACAGACGAGAGUAAACAUCCUUGGUCGAAAAAGGCGAAUGUGCAAGCAUCGCGUUUCGAGUAUCUCAUCCAAGGCGUGUGCAAAAAGAACAACGUCGAUCUGCUGAAGGCCGUGUGGCCAGCCUUGGACGGUAUGCGGUGGUCUUCGGAAUCAGGCUUGUCGUCGUUGGUAUGGGCAGCAAUCAGAUCCGACUCGUAUGACACCCUAACCGCCCUGAUCGAUCUUGGUGUCGACUUGGAAACCAAUCUCAAGGCAAAAAGUCAUCUCAAUGUCGUCAGUAGCGAUAGCUAUAUACCGCGGAAAGUAACGAUUUAUGAUCUGCGCCGCAACAACUACGGCAAUAAUGGCAAUUUCUCGACCCAAACCCUGGGGCUGAUCUUACCGUACGUUGACACGGUAAUGAGACAUGGUCUAUUUCUAGGAUGUGCGCACGCUGGGCGCCUCGACUUGUUGAAAGUCUUCGUCGACCCGGAACGCUGGCUCAGCGCCGAACUAGUGGUCUACAAGCAGGCUCUCAGACUCAUUUGCGCGAACGAAGACAAGACCGCCGAACAUCUUGAGUGUCUACGCUUAUUAUUCGAAUCAUACCCUGAAGGUUCGAGAGCGCUGGUUCAGAGCAAACUGCAUGCCGAAGAUGAUCCCAAAAGCGACGGGCGGACGGAAUCCACGAUGCAUGCACUUGUGCGCGGCUGGUGCGAGGAAAACCAUGAGAUUUCUGCUGAGAUUUUCGAGCUGUUGCUGGAACAUGGGGCGGAGCUAGAAGCCCGAGAUAAUUACGGCGACACUCCAAUCUUCCUAUUCUUCGAUAAGCGUGGCCUGAAUGUUAGGAGGCCUCUUAAACGGUUUCUCGAGGCUGGUGCGGAUGCUUCAGUACUGGGAAAAGACGGCGAGAGCGUCUUGAUCCGCGCGGUCAUGAACAAAUUCGACCUACAGGUAUGCGAACUCCUGCUCGACUACGGCGCCGAUGUACACGCCGUAAAGCUGAGAGCCGAGGCUGGAGAAGGCAAGCCAACGCCUGCUCUCGCUUGCUGCUGGAUGAAACGACCCUCGCGGCCAUACAGCCAAACUCCUCCGGAUCCGAGCACUGCUGAGGAGGUGGCCAAGUUUCUCAUCUCGCGAGGCGCAACGAUAGAGGAUGGCGGGUACCCUGCGGACGUUAUCAACAAUGCUUUGAAGCGCUUUAGGCCUGGGGAGCACACCCUGCUUGAAAUGCUUCUUGCAACUGCCAAUCCCACCACGAACUUCGAUGAGUGCUUGUUCACUAUCCACCAGGAGUUUGGCUCUGGCUUCGUAGCGAAAUACGAUGAAGAGGAUAAUCAGCGAUGUGUCCUGCCCUUCAUCAAGGCCCUCGUCAAUGCCGGGGCCAACAUCGAGACCCGCCGGCAAGGAGAUGGAGCAACUCCAUUCCUUGAGACCUCUACAUACCCCGCCUAUCUCACCGCGUCAUUCGCAGCUGCCGGAGCCGACACGAAGGCAAAGGAUGAAUACGGGAGGAGUCUCUUGCACAGAGUCGUCGCCAAUAAUAACCCAACGCGAUACAUUUCAAAUCACUUCGUCAACUACUUGUGCUCUCUCGCUGAGCGAUAUGGCAUGAGCCCCCUGGAUCGCGACGCCGAGGGCAAUACUCUGUUGCAUCUGGCCGUGACAAUCGGGGGCUCAUACACUGCCGAUGAUAAAUACGCACGCGAUGGGGCUAGUCCUUUCUUUGAGCAAUUGCUAAAUUGGGGCAUUUCUCCCCUGUUCCGAAAUUCCGCUGGACAGACACCGCUGCACCUUCUUUUUGACGACAAUAAGCCCUGGAGCUGUGUCAGUAAGACUGAGAACGUCUACAAACGUGCUGAUAACAUCAUUAGCCUCCUCGGAAAAGCAGAUGAAGGCAGUGGUAUUAACGAGCGCGAUGGAGAUGGUCUCACGCCUCUUCACUACGCUUGUAUGAGCACAAGAGGAUCAGACCCAGGCAGGGGAACAAGCCCGGGAUUUCUAAAAGUGCUUCUUGCACAUGGAGCGGAUCUCAGGGCCAGAGAUGUUCACGGGCGGGACGCAUUGCAUCUGGCUUGUGUAUCACGGAACACGGCUUCAGUCGGCUAUCUUGUCGAUCAAGAUCAUGCGCUCCUGGAUGAAGUAGAUGGCAACGGACGAACCCCACUGUUCACCGCCUGCGUGUCUGGGGUCGCGGAAUCAGUUGGCAUUCUCCUGCGGGCCGGCGCGAGGCUCAAUGCGACGGAUAACGAAGGGUGGUCACCAUUUCACGCCUGCGCCGAAAUCGACCAAGAGGAAGCACGCUGGGUGCAAAGCCGAGAAGAGCAGAAAAGGUUUCCGGAGCGCGGAAUCGACCGUUACCGACCAUAUGUGCCGGCGAGGCCCGAAGAAAAAGAUCGAUAUCCGAGAUCCUGUUACGAAGAUCGGGAGGAUCCCCAUUGCUUCAACACGAUGAAUGCUCGUGUCAUGGUCAACCAGGACAUGGCUGUCGCAGGCGUGGUAGGUGCGAUGCUUCGCAGCGGCGCAGAUCCGAAGAUCAAGGGCGGGCCACAAAACCAGACGGUGCUUGAACGAGCCCAGGCCGUGGAAUGCAGCAGCGUUGUGGCAGCUUUGCGCAGAUUGGGUCCAGAAACCUGCGGCGAUGGUGAGAACAGCACUGCCAGUGGUGUUCAGAAGACGUUCGAGAUCACGGAUGCUGUACUGCGCGAUCCAUGGAGUGUCGUCUCGCACCUCAAGCUGGAAGACAUCGAGCGCAUGGUGAAACUGGAAGCCAAUCUUGUCAGCUGCAUGGAAGUGAUAAAGGACGAGAAGACCAGUUCGCUGCAAUGUCGACAAGGCAUGAGUUUCAUGGAACGGCUUGUCGCCAAUGGUGUUACGGAAGCAGUGGCAUUAAUGAGAGACUUGACACGCCACGGAGAAGAUGCAUCUACUCUAGUAGACCCAUGGACGAUGAAAGCUCUCCAGGAGUCAACUGUACAGGGAAGAACGCAUGUAAGUUGCGAACCUGGUUCUGGCUACAUGAGCUACUGCUGUCGUCUGGACGAGGUAGUCAGAGACUUCCCUUUGCAAGAGAUACGGACGCUCGAAGAUCUCUACACUAUCAUUCCUUUCAGAUACGACUCGAUCCUUCACAUCAGUUGCCUGAGCAGAUCGCCCAACAUGGAAAUGGUCAGGACGCUGGUGGAGAGGUGCAACGUGCGUGCCAACCUGCCUACGCGGUUGUACAAGCGUGCCGAUAUCAAAACGCGGUUUCAUGAACGCAAGACCACCAUUCAGGCAUCCAUUCAAACGAUCCUCCACGCCAUGGCCAAGGACCAGCAGUAUUGGCAUCUCGAGGCAAUUGCCUAUCUCGCAUCCAUCCGCGAUCGAGCUGGCGGAAAGCUCGAUUUCAACUCCCGCAACCAAAACGGCGACACUCCCUUGCACGUCGUCGUCAAGAAUCCAGGACCUUUCACUGACAAGUUUAUCGAGCUUUUUCUCCGCCUGGGCGUCGAUCCCCACAUACAAACAUCAAACGAGAAUUCCGACUACACAGGCCGCCGCAAAUGCUUCCAGAUGGUGUCCGGAAAGCUCCUGGCCGUCUUCGUUGCUUGCGGAGUGGACGUCGGGGACCACAUUGACCUCGAGCUCUUCAUGGCCAUCGCCAGGCUCAGAAAAGAAGAUGUCGAACUGGCUCUGGACGCCGGCGCGAAUAUCAACGUCUCGGAGCCGGGUGCGUUGGGAUACGUCGAAAACGUGAUAUACGAGCCGGAUGUCAUGUCGGACGACGAAUCCAUGGUUGUGACACCAAUGUAUGCUGCCAUGUCCUAUGACACUCUGUUCCUUCGGGACCACCCGCGCGAAGAUGAAUGGCGAGAGGAGAUUAUUCGUUUACUCAUCGACCGCGGUGUGGACCUCUACGCGGUUAACGAUGUGUCCGUCGAACCGUCCUCUUCGAAGAUAGAAAGCGUUCCGUUUCUCCAUCGGCAAUUUGAGAUUGUGCGCCACAGUCAGCGAUUUAGCGAAAUCUUCUUCGACUAUACCGUGUUUGAGGGAAAGGGCAACGUGGACUUCAACAAACGCGAUGCAAGCGGAAGAACGGUGUUCCUUGCUGCCUGUAAUGCCGGCAUCCGAAGUAAGAGCCAUCACAAAUGCCACAAGAAAGGUGCGCUCGACGACUAUAGAGACGCAUUAGAAGAUGAGGCACGAGAGGGAGCUUUCGGCUGCGUUGAGGACGAUCUGGACGAGCAGCGAACCGGUCUCUUCUUACGCAUGCUUGAGUACGGGGCAGACAUUACGGCUGUUGACGAGGACGGCAAGACCGCCCUUCACACGCUACUGGCGAACCCGGACAUGCAUGAGCAGCACAUCAUGAAAUUCCUGGCGCUGCCGGAAAGCCAUGCCAUGGUCAACGUCCAGGAUAAGCGCGGAUUUACAACUCUACAACACGCUCUUCGCAUCCUCCGACCGAACAUCAUCAAUCGGCUGCUGGAGCUCGGGGCCACCGGCUUAACCGAGGCCGACCCGGACGAGAUGACUGCACUGCAUCGCAUUGCCUCAAAGUGCAUCAGCAUCUUCGCUUCCGAGCCUUAUGAGGACGUCUUGAAUGCGACGGCUCGCGGCGAGAGAUACUAUUGCGAAGGCAGCAGAAGCACCCAUCCUGCCAUGUACAACCGCGGUCACAUCGAAAGCUGCAAGGUACUGUGGGAUCGAUGCGUCGACUUGGGCAUGGACGUCAACCAGCCCGACGCCUAUGGUAACCCGCCAUUGUUUUACUUCGUGGCGCAGAAUGACGGCGUGAUGGGACAGUUCAGUGAGCUUCCCUGCCGCUAUGAGACCGACUUGUAUGACCACCGCCCGAGCCACAUCAAACAUUUCGAGAAGUUCUUCGGCGGGGCCGAUCUUUCGGCGCGCAAUAGUCGCGGAGAAACGAUUCUGCACGUCUUGGCUACGAAGAGGAGUCUGGCUGGACAGCCUUGCCCUGAAAACAUCUACGACUGGCGGAGGAAUGAUGCGCGCUUGUUCGAUUUCUUCGUUUUUGAGAAGGGAGUUGACCGGUUCACGGAGGACGUCAACGGACAGACUUGUCUCGAUGUUGCGGCGGCUGAGAAAAGGGAGGAGAUUCUUGAGCUGUUCAAGCGGAAAAACUAG